AGUUUUAUUUUAGAGGUAAUGCCCUAUUUGCCUAAGAAUUAAGGGCUGAGAAAUGAAAGGGAGGCAAAUUAAAGCUUGCCCCAAAUUUAGCAUAUACAUCAUCCAAAUCCUAUACCAUCUUUCAUCACUUUGCACCAAAAAGAACAUGGGGUUUGUCAUCACCUCCUGGCCCCCCUAACACAAUUCCAUUUUGCAGUAGCUAUUUCUGGGGCUUUAACAUCAAGGAUUAAGGUUUUAUAGAAAUCGCUUCAAUUCAAAUAAACUUAGAUUAGUACCUUAAUGUUCAAGUCAGGAAUCUAAAAUUUGAACGGCCAAAAUGGGUUCGAAGCUUGCAAAGCAGGGGCUAGAAAAGGCCGGGAACACAAAUUUACAGCAAGCUCACUAUUCAUUGAUAAAUUAUCUCACAAAAAGUAUUUUUCUUCGAAACCUGGUCUCGCAGCAUCGAAGAAGAAUGCUUGUUGCUGGAUAUGAUCUUGACAUGUCAUAUAUUACAGAUAGAGUAUUAGCAAUGUCGUUUCCUGCAGAAAGGAUGCGAGCAAUGUAUCGAAAUCCUCUUUGGCAAGUGAAAAAUGUGCUGGACAUGAGACAUGGGGGGCAUUACAAGGUCUAUAAUUUAUGCAUUGAGCAAUCUUAUGAUCCAGAACAUUUCCAUGGUCGUGUUGAGUCGUAUCCUUUUGAUGACAACCAUGUCCCGCCUUUGGAAAUGGUUAAGCAAUUUUGCGAAAGCGUUAAUUCUUGGCUAUCACAAGACCCUAAAAACAUUGCAGUUGUACACUGCAUGGCAGGUAAAGGUCGAACGGGAUUAAUGGUAUCUUCAUACCUUGUUUAUAGUGGCAUGGUAGUAGAGGAGGCUCUUCAAUUGUAUGCAAAUAAACGGACUACAAACAAUCAAGGAGUCUCAAUCCCGAGCCAACGCCGAUACGUGGGGUAUUGGGGAAGUGUUCUUGCUUUUCCAAAUGGAAUUGGUAAUGGACCUCCUAAAGUGAGCUUGCCUCAACCUUGUAGCAGAGAACUACGAAGAAUUCGCCUCUAUGACACAGUAAAUACUGACUCAAUCUUCUUUGUAGUGUCAGAGUUACAGGAGAUCUCCGGACAGGUAUACCGGCCACCAGGAGAAGUUGCAAAAGGUUAUUGCAAACCUAUUAGUGAAGGAUAUCAAAGAAAUUAUAGUCCUCGCUACUACAUCUCCUUCAUUGAAGGUGAUGAAGAAGGAAAAAGGUCUCAAGCUGAAGAACCUCAUGUUGUUGUUCAAAUGGACACAGAACGUCCCAUAAUUGAUCGAAAGAAUUGUCUUGACUUCUAUUUCAAUACCCCAGUACAGGUUAAAGGAGAUAUACGUGUCAUUUUCUAUCAGAAGAUGAUUGGCGGUCGCCUUUUCUAUGUCUGCUUCAACACUGCUUUCAUAAAGAGUAGCUUACUGCAGUUCUCAGUAAAGGAAUUGGAUAAAAUUGGGAAGAAAGGCGAAUCAAUAUGUGGUUCUACCUUCUGUUUGGAGUUGCUUUUUGGUCCAGCUAAUUCAAAGUCUACUUGCUUUCCUUCGGAUGAUGAUAAUGAUGAUAUCAACGAUGAUUGCUUCUAAAAUCUUUUUUUUUUCUUUUCCUUUUCUUUCUGAGUCAGAUUCCUGCAAAAAUAUACAUAUACAACGUUGGCACCUCCUUCCCUUUUCUGCCAUUGUCUAGUUCUGCAUAGAUAGUGGUUUUUUUAGGAAGAAGAUGAAGUUUUGUAUUUUAGGUUGCAGAGUGGAUCAUAUUCAUAUGUGCUUCAAAUUUGGAUUUCUAUUUAAAAUAUGAUAUAUCUA